AUGGCCCCGAAGCGAGUUCUCAUCACCUACGGGGUCGACGUCGAUGCCGUGGCCGGCUGGCUCGGUUCGUACGGCGGCGAAGAUUCCACGAACGAUAUUAGCCGCGGAGUCUGGGCGGGAACGCUGGGAACGAGACGUCUGCUUAAGCUCUUUGACAAGUACAAGAUCAAGACGACAUGGUUCAUCCCUGGUCACUCGCUCGAGUCCUUCCCUGAGGACAUGGCGGCGGUGCGCGAUGCAGGGCACGAAAUCGGUUUGCACGGGUACUCGCACGAGAACCCAACAGAUAUGAGCAUCGAGCAGCAGCGGGAUGUGCUCGACAAGACCUAUCGGAUGCUGACCGAGUUUGCUGGAAAGCCACCGCGCGGCAGUGUUGCGCCUUGGUGGGAAACCAGCCAGGAAGGUGCCCAGCUCCUCCUGGACUAUGGCAUCGAGUAUGACCACAGCAUGAGCCACGAAGAUUGCCAGGCAUACUACCUGCGCACCGGUGACAGCUGGACCAAGAUAGACUACAGCAAGAAGGCAGAAGAAUGGAUGAAGCCGCUUCAGCACGGCCCGCAAACGGGGUUGGUUGAGAUCCCGUCCAACUGGUAUAUUGAUGACCUGCCGCCCAUGAUGUUCAUCAAGAAGGCAGCGAACAGCCACGGCUUCGUCAAUGCGCGCGACGUCGAGGAUAUCUGGCGCGACCACUUUGACUACUUUUACCGCGAGUAUGACGAGUUUGUUUUUCCGAUUACCAUUCAUCCAGAUGUCUCUGGCAGACCUCAUGUGCUGCUGAUGCACGAGCGACUCAUUGAACAUUUCCUGAAAUAUGACGGAGUCGAGUUCGUGACGAUGGAGCAAGUAUGUGAUGAGUUCAAGAAGAAGAAUGCCCCGCCGGCUGGGGCUCUGAUGCCGGCCAAGGCCGGGGCAAUGCUGCACAAAUGA